AAACUAUAUAGACGCCAAAAUGCCUAGUUUUAAGUUUUAAUAUUCGUGUUUAUCCAACUUCAAAGAAUAUCGUUAUUAUACAACUGCAAAAUCAUUUCGAUGUAUUAUUAGUUUAUAAGGUUAUGCAUUUUUACCUAUUUUAAUUAUGAAUUGUGAAAAUCAUUGAUACCGUUUAAGGUAUUUUUCUGAAUGCAUUUAAGUUAAGUUAUUAUGGCGCAAAGAUUUCCUGUUGCGGGAGUGACAGCCAAUACAGCCAGUCCUACACAAAAUAGAUAUCCACCUCCACAAAAUUCAAACAUUCGUCAAUAUGCAGGGCCAAACUUUCCACAAAGAACAAGUUUUACUCCGCCCCCAGCUGUAGGGCCAAGUGGUCCGACAAACAAUGCUGGCAAUUCUGUAAUGCAAAGAGCAGCACCAUCUCCGUAUCAAAGUAAUGUAAGGUCUGGUGCAAUUUCAAAUUCUUCCGGAGGGAAAAGAUCAAAUGAUAGCAGGAACACACUAGCCCAAGCACAACCGAAAUCGGAUUUCUCUCACAAUGCAGCUAAAAAAAAGAAAAAACUAGCUGAUAAAAUUCUGCCGCAGAAAGUUAGAGAUUUAGUGCCUGAAUCACAGGCAUAUAUGGAUCUCCUUGCAUUUGAAAGAAAGUUAGAUGCAACAAUUAUGAGAAAACGAUUAGAUAUUCAAGAAGCAUUGAAAAGGCCAAUGAAACAGAAACGAAAGUUGAGAAUAUUUAUAUCUAACACCUUUUAUCCUUGCAAAGAUGUAAAUGAAGGUGUGGAAGGUGGCGAUGGUACAGUCGCCUCUUGGGAGUUACGAGUUGAAGGUCGUCUAUUGGAAGAUACAAAGAGUGAUCCUAACAAGGUUAAACGCAAGUUUUCAUCAUUUUUCAAAUCCUUAGUGAUAGAGCUUGACAAAGAGUUGUACGGGCCUGAUAAUCAUCUCGUUGAAUGGCAUAGAACUUUACAAACUCAAGAAACUGAUGGAUUUCAAGUUAAACGUCCUGGUGAUCGCAAUGUACGUUGUACGAUUCUAUUGUUACUGGACUAUCAACCUCUCCAAUUUAAAUUGGAUCCUCGUUUAGCACGAUUAUUAGGAGUUCAUACUCAAACGCGUCCUGUUAUUAUAUCAGCAUUAUGGCAGUAUAUAAAAACGCACAAAUUGCAAGAUUCUCAUGAAAGGGAGUAUAUUGUUUGUGAUAAAUAUUUAGAACAAAUAUUUGCAUGUCAAAAAAUGAAGUUUGCUGAAAUUCCACAGCGUUUAAAUCCACUCUUGCAUCCGCCAGAUCCGAUUGUUAUAAAUCAUGUUAUAUCAGUUGAAGGAGGUGCUGAGAGCAAGCAAACUGCUUGUUAUGAUAUUGAUGUUGAAGUUGAUGAUACUUUAAAAACUCAAAUGAAUAAUUUUCUUUUAAGUACUGCUAGCCAGCAGGAAAUUCAAGGUUUAGAUGGAAAAAUACAUGAAACAGUAGAUACUAUUAAUCAAUUAAAAACUAACAGAGAGUUCUUUUUAAGUUUUUCUCAAGAUCCACAGCAGUUUAUUAACAAAUGGAUAGUGAGUCAAACCAGAGAUCUCAAGACAAUGACAGACAUUGUUGGAAACCCUGAGGAGGAACGAAGAGCUGAAUUUUAUUAUCAAUCAUGGACCACAGAGGCAGUCAGUCGGUACUUCUAUACUAAGGUUCAACAGAAACGAGCUGAGCUGGAACAAGCUCUUGGUAUUAGAAACCCAUAGUUUGACAUAGUAAAAUUCAAACAUAGUUAUGAAUAUAAGAAAUUAAUUUUAAGAAAUUUUAAUUUUAAUUUUUAUUUUAAAAUAUUUUACCAAUCAUUUUAUCAUAUUUUUAUGCCAAUAUUAU